CUCCGUGCUAAUGUGGUGAAGAAUGUCAACGACGGAGAUGAGCCACCUCUCAUAGAUCGUACAUUUCCGAUUCAUGUUGUAAGGGUUGCGGUUCCUUACAUUUCAACCAGCACGACGAUGACAACGAAGGCGAGCACCUCCAUGGAGUUGGUACCUAUGUCGACAAUAAUCGCAACAUCAGCCCUCUGCGUAAUUGGCCUACUCGGUAACUGCAUGGUAAUUCUGGCCACUAUUAUCUCUCCAACUCUGAAAAACCGCUGCAAUAUUCUGAUGUGCGUACUUGCUAUUACCGAUCUCGUCGUGUGCAUCUAUCUGAUCCAGCUGCGCAUUAUGAUGUGGCACAGAUGGUAUUUUCAAGCAAAUGGUGACUGUUUCAUUUACACUGCAUACGGCCUGUUCGCAAUGAAUGUGCAAAGCGGCAUCGGCCUGAUGUUAGGGGUUGACCGACUGCUUGCCGUUUCUCUACCAAUAGGACGUGUAACUAUUUCCAUGUGCUCAGAACAGAUGGAAACGCCACCACGUGUUGUAUCAUUGGUCAUAGUGGAUUCGUGA